GUCGCCCAGCUGCCAGCUCCAGCUUCGGUGGAUACGCCCAUCCUCCCUGCUCUUCUUGGAUCCCGCGGGCGGGCGCUGCGGGCCUCUCUUGCCACCGGCUCCUUGCAGUUCUCCCGGAGCUUUAGGCAGGUGACAGCAGGGACAUGUCACGGGAGCUUCAGGACGUGGACCUUGCUGAGGUGAAGCCUCUGGUGGAGAAAGGAGAGACCAUCACUGGCCUUCUGCACGAGUUUGAUGUCCAGGAGCAGGACAUCGAGACCUUACACGGCUCUCUGCACAUCACCCUGUGUGGGACCCCCAAGGGAAACCGGCCCGUCAUCCUUACAUACCAUGACAUCGGCAUGAACCACAAAACCUGCUACAACCCCCUCUUCAACUCCGAGGACAUGCAGGAGAUCACACAGCACUUCGCCGUGUGCCAUGUGGAUGCUCCUGGGCAGCAGGAUGGUGCGCCCUCCUUCCCAGCAGGGUACAUGUACCCCUCCAUGGAUCAGCUGGCCGAGAUGCUUCCUGGAGUCCUUCGCCAGUUUGGGCUGAAGAGCGUCAUUGGCAUGGGUACAGGUGCCGGCGCCUACAUCCUCACCCGCUUUGCUCUGAACAACCCUGAGAUGGUGGAAGGUCUCGUCCUCAUCAAUGUGAACCCUUGUGCGGAAGGCUGGAUGGACUGGGCUGCUUCCAAGAUCUCUGGAUGGACCCAGGCCCUGCCGGACAUGGUGAUGUCUCACCUCUUCGGGAAGGAGGAGAUGCAGAACAACGUGGAGGUGGUGCACACCUACCGCCAGCACAUCCUCAACGACAUGAACCCCGGCAACCUGCACCUCUUCAUCAAUGCUUACAACAGCCGCCGGGACCUGGAGAUUGAGCGGCCCAUGCCUGGAGCCCACACCGUGACGCUGCAGUGCCCUUCUCUGUUGGUGGUUGGGGACAGCUCUCCCGCCGUGGACACCGUGGUGGAGUGCAACUCAAAACUGGACCCCACGAAGACCACGCUGCUCAAGAUGGCAGAUUGUGGUGGCCUCCCACAGAUCUCUCAGCCAGCCAAGCUCGCCGAGGCCUUCAAGUACUUUGUGCAGGGCAUGGGAUACAUGCCCUCCGCCAGCAUGACCCGCCUAAUGAGGUCCCGCACGGCCUCUGGCUCCAGCGUCACCUCCCAGGAAGGGUCCCGCAGCCGCUCCCACACCAGCGAGGGCCCCCGCAGCCGCUCCCACACCAGCGAAGGCCCCCGCAGCCGCUCCCACACCAGCGAGGGAGCCCACCUGGACAUCACCCCCAACUCGGGAGCCAGUGGGAACAGCACUGGGCCCAAGUCCAUGGAGGUGUCCUGCUAGGCAGCCUGUGCCCCCCGCCCUGGACUCAGAUCUCUGUAGUGGCCUCCCCUCCCGCCCUCCCUGCCCAGGCCUGCCACCCUGCGCUAACUCGGUAUUAAUCCAAAGCUUGUUUUGAGAGUGAACUCUGGCGAGGACAGAUUGGGUCUUUCCAGGGCCCCUUGUUGAACGAGGGUGAGGUGGCAGGGGGACCAAAGGACAGAGGCAGCUCAGUGUCCUGUUUUCAUUAACCAGUGGCCUGGUUGCCUCUCUCUUACCUGUCCUCAGAGACACCAAACUGCCAACAACAAGAAACGCAGAGAAGUGAACACUUCCCCUUCCUGGCCCGGGCACCCGGUGUGCUGGCAUCUUGCCACCUACUUACUUCCUGUUUCUGUCCGACUGAAGUCCAGCUGACUGGGUUCCUGGAAACGAAACCCCCUCGGGCCAGGGAGAGCCAGAGCAGGGACCUGUGGGUGCACGAAGCCAGAAGAGGGGGGGAAGAGGUAGAAUUUAAGUGGAGGCUAGACGCAUGUGGAAAAACACACCCAUGGUAGUUCACUUUCUUCAAAUCAGCUUUUAAACGUGGUGCAUAGAUGAAUCGAGUGCCAGAGCACAGGUGCCUGUUUCUCCGACAUCUUUUAAUGUACAGUAGAAUCAGGCAGCAUGCUCUGCCAGCUGUGCAUAAGGAUAGCUUUGGCAGACUUUGGUGUCACGGUGUUGUAAGGCUUUGGCUCUGCUAAGGGCCUCCUGCACUGCCCCUACCUCCCGCCCCACACCCUGAAGCAAGUGAUUAACUUUGUUCAUGGGGAAGCUCAUUAGCUCUAUAGUUACUUUCUUUGACAUGGAGGCAAAUGUUCCAGCCAGCUGUUCCAGGCCUGGAGGAAUCCGUGUGCCCGGAAGCAGGCAAGGGGGCUGCGAGUGGGAGCUGCAUGACCUAGCGAAGUGGUUUCCAUGGAAUCCAGGGUCUUGACACCAGUGGGCCCCACCGUUUUCCCCCAGGAGUCUUAUAUGAUCGAGUUAAAUCCAGUCUCCCCUUGUUCACUUCUGAGGUUGUCUUUGAACUUGAUAGCUGAAUGUUUCUGACCCAAGACUAUUUUGGGGUCUUCAGAGAGAAUUUUCUGCUCUAAGAAGGGAUAGAAGUUUCAGUGGCUCAUGGGCUGAGAAAACAUGGGUGCCAGGAUCUCUGUUCCGUGGGGACGCCUUUCCCUGUGCUGCCUCCUGCUUCUUUAACCUGCUGACCAGGCCGAAGCACCGAUGCUCCUGAGAGAUGCGUGUGCAGCUGUCAGGUUCCUGUACUACUGCUGCCUUCUGAUUUCCACUUUGGCUAACCUUGGACGUCCUUAUAGUGAGUUUAAUCAGAGGGAAUCGAACAUUGUAUACCGGCCACUGGGGCUUGCUAAUUCCCAGCACGCUAGAGUUGGUAGCAGGCAUACCCUGUGGGUGGCCAAGAUUCAAUAACUCAGCUAACCUGCCUGCCACCAGCUUAGAGGCAGCCCCUGACCUUAUGGAGAAAAGAUCAGGGACCUGGGAGAGAGUGGCUGGGUGCAGACUGGAAGCUCUUGUACAAGCCUUUCCAGAGGAGUUUCUUAAUGAGAUAUUUGUAUUUAUUUCCAGACCAAUAAAUUUGUAACUUUGCA